AUGUGGCCAUUUUUAGAUCUCAACUUGCUCAUGCUUGUGUAUUUCAUGUUGUAUUCCUACUUUUCUUCCGCUGUGCCCUCCCCUCUUUAUUCCACCUCCUGCCAUUUACAGGGACAAUUUCAUCUGAAUGGGAUGCACAAGGCUGGAGAUGUGGUUCUGGGUGGUUUGUUUGAGAUCCACUUCUUUUCUGUUUUUCCUGACCUAUCUUUUACCUCAGAGCCACAACAACCUACCUGCCACGGUUUUGAUGUUAUAGGAUUCAGGGCGGCCCAGACCAUGGCCUUUGCUAUUGAUGAGAUCAACAGAAACUCCAACCUGCUACCUAAUGUGACUCUGGGAUACGGUCUUUAUGACAACUGUGUCAAACUAGGAAUUGGAUUCCGUGCAGCGUUGUCAUUAGCCAGUGGUCGAGAGAAGCAGUUUAUAUUAGACGACACCUGUGUAGGAACCCCUCCAGUCAUAGGGAUUGUGGGGGAUUCUUCCUCUACACGUUCUAUUGCCAUCUCCACUGUCUUAGGUUUGUACAGAGUACCUAUGGUGAGUUAUUUUGCCACAUGUUCGUGCCUGAGUGACCAGCAAAAGUUUCCUUCCUUCUUUAGAACGAUCCCAAGUGAUGCUUUCCAGGUGCGUGCUAUGAUUCAGAUUCUCAGGCGCUUUGGUUGGACUUGGACAGGUCUGCUGGUCAGUGAUGAUGAUUAUGGACUCCACGCUGCCCGAUCCUUCCAAUCUGACCUGGCUCAGUCUGGUGGAGGUUGUCUGGCCUAUCUAGAGGUUUUGCCCUGGGGCAAUGAUCCAUCUGAACUAAGGAGGAUUGUGGAUAUGAUGAGGAAAUCUACAGCUCGUGUGGUCAUUGUGUUUGCACAUGAGAGUCACAUGAUUAACCUCAUGGAUGAGGUGGUGAGGCAGAAUGUGACAGGUCUGCAGUGGAUGGCUAGUGAAGCCUGGACUGCCGCUGUUGUGCUUCAGACCCCCCAAUUCAUGCCGUACCUGGGUGGCACCCUAGGCAUUGCCAUCCGCCGAGGAGAAAUACCAGGGUUUAGGGACUUCCUGUUACAAAUACGUCCUGACCUACACCACAACAACAACAGCUAUGGAAAUAACAUGGUAAAUCAGUUUUGGGAAUACACAUUUCAGUGUAGAUUUGCACCACCUCCAGCAGGUUGGGUCGAAGCUGGGGGAGCACUAUGUACUGGACAGGAAGAUCUAGAGAUUGUGGAGACUGAAUUCUUGGAUAUUUCAAACCUCAGGCCAGAGUAUAACGUGUAUAAAGCUGUGUAUGCCCUGGUGUAUGCUCUUGAUGGCAUGCUGCAGUGCGAGCCAGGGAGAGGGCCUUUCAGCGGGCACAGCUGUGGCAAUUUGCAAAGACUGGAGCCAUGGCAGCUCGUGAAUUACUUGCAAAACAUCAACUUCACCACACCAUUCGGUGACCAAGUAUCAUUUGAUGAGAAUGGCGACGCCUUACCAAUAUAUGAUAUCAUGAAUUGGCUGUGGCUCCCUGAUGGAAGAACUAAAGUUCAGAACGUGGGUGAGGUUAAAGAGUCAGCUAAAGGUGAAGAACUCACACUUGAUGAAGACAAAAUCUUCUGGAACUUUGACUCCGAACAGCCACCCCAGUCAGUGUGCAGUGAGAGCUGUCCUCCAGGUACCCGCAUGGCCAGAAAAAAGGGGGAACCUGAGUGCUGUUUUGACUGUGUCCCUUGUUCUGAAGGAAAGAUCAGCAAUAAGACUGACUCCAUGGAGUGCACCAGUUGUCCAGAGGACUUCUGGUCCAGCCCCCAGCGUGACCAUUGUGUUGCUAAGAAAACGGAGUUCCUCUCCUAUCAUGAACCUCUGGGUAUCUGCUUGACAACCGCCUCGUUGCUCGGCACAUUCAUCUGUGCUGUUGUCCUGGGAAUCUUUAUCUACCAUCGCAGUACACCCAUGGUACGCACCAACAAUUCAGAACUGAGUUUCCUGCUCUUGGUGUCCCUUAAGCUAUGUUUCCUGUGUUCAUUGCUGUUUAUCGGCCGCCCCAGACUGUGGACAUGUCAACUGAGACAUGCAGUAUUUGGGAUCAGCUUUGUGCUUUGUGUCUCAUGUAUUCUUGUAAAAACCAUGGUGGUUCUGGCUGUGUUCAAGGCCUCCAAGCCAGGAGGUGGAGCCAGUCUGAAGUGGCUUGGUGUUUUGCAGCAGCGAGGGACAGUUCUGCUUCUUACUUCUGUUCAGGCAGCGAUCUGCACUGCUUGGCUUGUCUCUUCCUCACCAGCUCCUCAUAAAAACACUCAAUACCACAAUGACAAGAUAGUUUAUGAGUGUGUAGUCGGGUCUACGAUUGGUUUUGGAGUGUUACUGGGCUAUAUUGGCUUACUGGCUAUCCUCAGUUUCCUGUUAGCCUUUCUGGCAAGGAAUCUUCCAGACAACUUCAAUGAGGCCAAACUCAUCACUUUUAGCAUGUUGAUCUUCUGUGCUGUGUGGGUGGCCUUUGUUCCUGCUUAUGUCAACUCCCCAGGCAAAUUUGCAGAUGCAGUUGAGGUAUUUGCCAUCCUGGCCUCCAGUUUUGGUAUCUUGGUGGCACUGUUUGGACCCAAAUGCUACAUAAUCCUGCUGAGACCAGAGAGGAACACAAAGAAAGCUAUCAUGGGCCGGGGCAUUGACUCCUAA